AUGUCUCAUAAUGUGGCCAUCUACGGAACAGGAGCGAUCGGAUGUUGUUGCGCGUACGUCCUCACCCAAGCAGGAUGCAACGUUACCGUGAUCUGUCGGUCGAAUCAUGAUGAGAUUAAGGCUGGUGGCAUCACCAUCGACGCGGAGCUCUGGGGGAAGGGGCUGGCUUGCCAUCCACGCGUCGUGCGAACCCCAAAGGAGGCAGUACAGUCAGGCGAAUUCGAUUUCGUGCUAGUGACAGUGAAGGCACUGCCAGGGACUGGAGUUCCGGCGGCGAUCGCUCCCAUCGUGACCGAGAGCAAGACGACCAUUGUGCUCGCGCAAAACGGUAUCGGCAUCGAAGCCGAGCAUGCCAAGGCCUUCCCCAACAACACGCUAUUAUCGUGUAGCGUCCUCAUGCCCGCCGAGCAAGUUCGACCAGGACACGUCGUUGGAGUGUGGUUCGAACAUCUCGAGAUCGGGACAUUUCCCAGUGAAGCGUACACCGCGAGUGCUGUGGCCAGGCAGUCCGCAGAACUUUGGACAUCCACCUGGAAACUGGGGGGAGGAAAUGCAACAUUGUACCAUGACAUCCAGGAGCGAAGAUGGACCAAAUUGUUGAUGAAUGCCACCUACAAUCCCAUCGCCGCACUCACGCUGUGUCGCAACACGGCAUUCUUCGGGCUGGGCGAGGAAGCUGUACAUCUUUUCCGAGAGGUUCAGAAUGAAAUUAUUGCAGUAGCGAACGCACUCGGGUACUCCGCCGUCAAUAGAACUCUAGCCGAUGAACAUAUUAAGCUCACCACGGAUCGGAUGGGGACAGAAGGUACAGAACCUAGCAUGCUCACGGAUAUCUUGCGCGCCAGACCUACAGAGUAUCAGGUAAUACUGGAGAAUCCAGUGCGCAUUGCGAAUCGUCUGGGCGUUCCUAUACCACGGCUACACACACUCUACGUGCUGAUGAAGGGCUUGGAUGCUGCGAUUACGCGGAGAACGCCAGGGAUGUCGUUGCUUGGUACUCAGAUAUAA